ACAACCACGCUUUCGGACAGUCACGCAUGGAAUGAUGAGUUCCGGCCUGAGACAUUCGUUCACGUGAUAUUGAAUUUGACUGCAGUCAAGUUCAGACCCAGAGUUCUGGUAGAUCAAGGCUUGAAGUCUUACAAGACUUUUGGUUCUCUUUUCAUUCAAAGUCUUUAUAUUGAUCAACUCAUUUGGACCCAGACCUGUCCACCUGAACCUUGCUUCUGGAGCUUGGUUGGAUCUUGCACAGCAAAGCACAUAUUCUAUUCCCGCUAUUAGUACAUAUACUACUUCUUUACUCAGAUAUAAUCUCCCAAAAGAACAAGAAGUCAAGUCUCAUUUGAAACCUUGCACAGUUGCCAAGAUGACUCUUAAAAAAGUUGACUAUGCUCUGUAUCUGGUCACAGACUCUACACCAGCCAUUCUCGGCGACAAAGGCAUUGUCAAAGUCGUCGAAGCUGCUCUAGAAGGCGGUGUAACAAUACUACAGUAUCGAGACAAAGUCAGCGAUACGGGCGCUCUCAUCUCGACUGGAAAAAGACUUCAUGCUGUCACACAGAAGCAUGGGGUACCCCUUUUAAUCAACGAUAGAAUCGAUGUUGCAUUGGCAGUUGGUUGUGAGGGGGUGCAUAUUGGUCAAGAUGACGUUGACCUCCCUACUGCCAGAAGAGUGCUCGGUCCAGAUGCCAUAAUAGGAGUGACAGCAUCCUCCAUCGACGAAGCUCUAACAGCUUGCAAAGACGGAGCAAACUAUCUCGGCAUCGGCACCAUGUUUGCAACUCCGACCAAAACAAACACAAAAGACAUCAUCGGCACCGCAGGAACCAAACAAAUCCUAGCCGCCAUGUCACAAAACGACUGGAGCCGCACCGUCUCAACCGUCUCCAUCGGCGGCAUAAACUCCACCACCAUCCAACGAGUCCUCUACCAAUCCGCCCACCCCACCAAGCCCCUCGACGGCGUAGCCAUCGUAUCCGCCAUAAUGGCCUCCGCCGACCCUCGAUCCGCAGCCUCCUCCUUACUCUCACUAAUCCGCUCCCCACCCCCAUUCGCCAUCACCAACCCCAACAAAGCCACCACAACCGCCACCCUCCUCGCUCAAAUCCCCUCCAUCAUCUCAGCCGUCUCCCAGAAAACCCCCCUCUCGCACAACAUGACAAACCUCGUCGUACAAAACUUCUCCGCAAACGUCGCCCUCGCGAUAGGCGGCUCCCCGAUAAUGGCCAACUACGGCGCCGAAGCGGGCGAUCUCUCGCACCUCGGCGGCUCCUUGGUCAUAAACAUGGGGACCGUCACGCCGGACGGGCUCGCGAACUACUGCCAAGCGCUCAAAGCGUAUAACCUGGCGGGCGGACCCGUGGUGUUUGAUCCCGUGGGCGCGGGCGCGACGGCGGUGCGGAGGGAUGCGGUGAGGGUUUUGCUUGCGGCGGGGUACUUGGAUGUGAUUAAGGGGAAUGAGGGGGAGAUUAGGACGGUGUUUGGGGCUGUUGUUCAGCAGCGUGGGGUGGAUAGUGGAGUUAGUUCUACGACUGAGGGUGAGAAAGCGAGGUUGGUUCGAGACCUCGCUGUUAGAGAACGGAAUAUUGUCCUUAUGACGGGAGCAACGGACUACAUAUCCGAUGGCGAACGUACGUUUGCGGUGGAGAAUGGACAUGAGCUUCUAGGCCGGAUUACGGGAAGCGGGUGUGUGCUCGGGACGGCGAUCUCGUUGAUGUUGGCUGUGAGUAGGGAGGACAAACUACUUGCUGCUUUGACGGGAUUACUGCAUUAUGAGAUUGCGGCGGAGAUUGCGGCUGUGAGGGAGGAUGUUAGGGGGCCGGGAACGUUUGUUCCGGCGUUGAUUGAUGAGUUGUAUAAUAUUCAGAAGGCUACGGUGGGUGGGGAUUUGAAGUGGUUGGAGAGGGCGAAGGUUAGGGCUGUGGAAUAUACGCUACCAUGAUAUAUAUCCCUGUGGCUAGAUGUGGCGUACUCUUUAUCAACUCAAGAUUGGCAAACCGAUCAAUAACAG